CAUAAAAAUCAAAUCAAAAACCAAAAAAUAUUAAAAUUAAAUUUGUUUUCAGAGGAAAAAGGCCAUGAAUUUGCAGAGAGGAUUUGCUCUGCUUUACCAGCAAUUCAAAGCUUUGUUAAAGAAGAAUCUGUUACUCUCAUGGAGGAACAAGAGAGCGACGUUUCUCCAGCUCUUCUCUUCGCUCUUCUUCAUUUUCCUCAUCUUCUGUAUCCAGAAAUCCACCGAUGCUCGAAACUCCAACUCCACGGCGUACGAGGUGCUUCGAGACCCCAAGCCCUUGGUGGCUCCGGCGAUCCCUCCCUGCGAGGACAAGUUCUUUGUCAAGCUACCUUGCUUCGACUUUGUCUGGAGCGGGAAUGAGAGCCAGACUUUUGACAGGAUUGUUAGAGCCAUUAGAGAGAAUAACCCCGGCAGACCCAUUCCCGAAAGUAAGGUUAAAUGGUUUAGGACAAGGGGUGAAGUUGAUGAUUGGCUUUUCAAUAAUCGAAUGCAUGUCCCUGGAGCUUUGCAUUUUACACAAGUCAAUGCAAGUGUUAUAAGCUAUGGCUUACAGACUAAUUCUACUCCACUUGCAAAACGUGGGCAAUUUGAAGAUCCCACACUAAAAUUUCAAGUUCCACUUCAGGUUGCUGCAGAGCGUGAAAUCGCGAGGUCAUUAAUUGGAGAUCCAAACUUUAGGUGGAUUGUUGAACUCAAGGAAUUUCCCCACCCAGCAAUGGAAACACUUGCUGCUUUGGCUCUUGUUGGACCAACUUUUUUCCUUGCGAUUGCAAUGUUUAGUUUCGUUUUUCAGAUUGGUUCUUUGGUCUCAGAGAAAGAGCUCAAGCUUCGACAGGCUAUGACUAUGAUGUGUCUUCUUGAUUCUGCCUAUUGGUUAUCAUGGCUCACAUGGGAGGGAAUCAUGACCCUUCUUUCAUCACUCUUCAUAAUUCUCUUCGGAAUGAUAUUUCAGUUUGAUUUUUUCUUGAACAACAAUUUUGCCGUUAUCUUCCUUGUUUUCUUCCUUUUCCAACUCAACAUGGUUGGUUUUGCGUUCUUGCUGUCACCCUUCAUUAGCAAGUCAUCUUCCGCCACGACAAUCGGUUUCUCCAUUUUUAUUGUUGGCUUUUUUACUCAGAUUAUUACUUCAAAUGGAUUCCCAUACGAUAAAAGCUUCAGUCAAGGUCUUCAAAAUGUCUGGUCGUUGUUCCCGCCUAAUCUUCUUGCUCAAGCUCUAAAGCUUCUAUCUGAUGCUACUUCCACUCCUGAAGACAUUGGAGUUAGCUGGAGUAGACGAACAAAAUGUGCACCAAAUGAUGAGCAGUGUGUGAUAACAAUUAAUGACAUCUACAUAUGGUUGGUGGCUACAUUUUUAGUGUGGGUUGUUUUGGCUAUCUACUUUGAUAAUAUAAUUCCAAACGCAUCUGGUGUGAGAAAAUCAAUAUUUUACUUUUUGAGGCCUGGAUAUUGGACAGGGAAAGGUGGAAAGGAAAGAGAGGGUGGCAUUUGUAGUUGUAUAGGUUCAGCUCCACCAGUGGAGCAUAUUACUCCUGAUGAUGAAGAUGUCCUUGAAGAGGAAAACCUUGUUAAAACACAAACAGGGGAAGGUGCAGUUGAUCUAAAUGUUGCAGUGCAGAUACGCGGUCUUGCAAAGACAUAUCCUGGAUCUAGGAAGAUCGGUUGGUGCUGUAAAUGCAAGAAGACUUCACCAUACCAUGCUGUUAAGGGCUUAUGGGUGAACUUUGCAAAGAAUCAGUUAUUUUGUCUUCUUGGACCCAAUGGUGCUGGAAAAACCACAGCAAUCAAUUGUUUGACCGGCAUAACACCAGUGACUAGCGGAGAUGCUCUGAUCUAUGGUUAUUCCAUUCGAAGCUCUGUUGGCAUGUCAAAUAUUCGGCGAAUCAUUGGAGUUUGUCCUCAGUUUGAUAUCCUUUGGAAUGCUCUGUCUGGUAAAGAGCACCUCGAGCUGUUUGCUAGUAUCAGAGGCCUACCUCCAGCUACAAUCAAGUCGGUAGUUCAGAAAUCAUUGGCUGAAGUCAGACUCACAGAGGCCGCCAAAGUGAGAGCUGGGAGUUACAGUGGAGGAAUGAGGAGGCGUCUCAGUGUUGCAGCAGCCCUUCUAGGGGAUCCUAAGUUAGUCAUUCUGGAUGAACCAACUACUGGUAUGGAUCCAAUAACAAGAAGGCACGUAUGGGACAUAAUAGAGAGUGCAAAGAAAGGUCGUGCCAUUAUCUUGACAACACACUCUAUGGAAGAAGCCGAUGUAUUAAGUGACCGCAUAGGAAUCAUGGCAAAGGGUAGGCUCCGCUGCAUUGGAACCUCAAUCAGGUUGAAGUCACGAUUUGGUACUGGUUUCAUUGCUAAUGUUAGCUUCACUGGAAGCAACAAUGGACUUAGCCCUCCCAAUGGAGAUGCAGUUGCCCCAACUUACCACCAGGAAUCUGUGAAGCAGUUCUUUAAAGAUCAUCUGGAUGUGGUGCCAAAAGAGGAGAACAGAGCUUUUCUAACUUUCGUCAUUCCCCAUGACAGAGAAAAACUCCUGACAAAAUUUUUCAUGGAGCUGCAAGAGAGAGAACAAGAAUUUGGUAUAGCAGAUAUACAACUUGGACUUACAACCCUUGAAGAAGUUUUCUUGAAUAUCGCAAGGCAGGCAGAGUUAGAAAGUGCCGCAGCUGAGGGACGACUAGUCACUUUGACGAUAACAUCUGGAGCAUCAGUUCAGAUACCAGUAGGUGCAAGGUUUGUGGGGAUCCCAGGAACAGAAUCUGCUGAAAAUCCUAGAGGUAUCAUGGUUGAAGUGUACUGGGAGCAAGAUGAUUCUGGGGCACUCUGCAUUUCAGGGCACUCUGCUGAAAUUCCGCUACCUCCUAAUUCUCAACCAUUAGCUUCUCUAGCAGCUACUAAUAGAAACUCCUUAGGCCGUAGAGGACCUAUUCAUGGAAUUGUGAUCAGCCCUGAUGAAACUUUUACGCCUAGUUCUUAGUUGUACAUCAUAAGUACCAUUAUCUUUAUGAUCCUUGUACAUGUUUGCUUAAAACCACCUACAGUUUUCUGUCAAGUUUUGAGUUUUAGUUCAUUUUAUAAUUCUAUUUCUGUGUUCAGUCGUAAUAUUUUCUCCAUAGUUGAGGCCCCUUUCUUUGAUAGUCUCUGUCCUUUGCCAUCAAAUUCUUAUGGAGGCUUGUGACUUCCUUCAACCCAUAAUGUUUUCCUAAUGCAUUGUUGCAACGUUCUCCUUCA